UUCCUGGGCUGGCUCGGGAGCAGAGUGGAAGCUGUAGGACUGAGCACAGAAAGUGCCUUCCCCAUUGCUAGUUAGGGGCGUCCUUUUAAAGCAUUGCCUUUUAAGGUGACCAGGUAGUCUGGUGAAGGUGAACUGCUUUAGUGGAGGUGAAGUGUGACCCUGGACACAGCAAUGGAGAAAGCUGGGGGUGAGGUGCCUAGGAGCCCUGACCAGUCCUUCCUAGCAACUCGGCAUGACUCACAGGGGACCCUGCUGUCUGUCCACAAGUGGUGGUCCUUGAGGCGGAGCCCUCGGGACAGGGGUCCCACCAGGCAGAUGCCUUUGGAAGAGGAAGGUUCUCCCCCAUCAGAGGAAGGAAAAUUUUCCCUGGAGGUUUUGAAUGGAACACAGGAAAUCCGCUCCAGUCAGAUUCUGUCUAAACUUUCUUUGCCUACUCGUGGCUGGGAACCAACAAUGAAACAGAGUUUUGCCUUUGACAAUGUUGGCUACGAAGGUAGUCUGGACGGUAUGUGCCCUUCACAGACAAUCAGUGGCACCAUCAGCAUUUCGGGCAAUAGACUUUACAUGACUGGCAAGUCAUGUGUAAAGUCUAUUGAGGGCAGGAUUUCCAGUUUGAAAGGCAUUGUGAGUAUAAAGGUUUCCCUGGAACAAGGCAACGCAAUUGUAAAAUAUGUGCCAUCAGUUUUGAGCCUGCCACAGGUUUGCUGUCAAGUUGAGGACAUGGGCUUUGAGGCCAGUAUUGCAGAAGGAAAGGCUGACUCCUGGCCUUUAAGGUCCUUGCCAGCCCUGGAGGCUGUAGUCAAGCUUCGAGUAGAGGGCAUGACCUGCCAGUCCUGUGUCAGCUCCAUAGAAGGCAAGAUUGGGAAACUGCAAGGAGUGGUGAGAGUCAGAGUCUCACUCAGCAACCAAGAGGCAGUCAUCACUUAUCAGCCUUAUCUUAUUCAACCUCAAGACCUCAGGGACCAUGUCAACGACAUGGGGUUUGAAGCUGUCAUCAAGAACAAAGUGGUUCCUGUAAGCCUGGGACAAAUUGAUAUUGGACGGUUACAGAGUGCUUACUCAAAAACACCUUCUACUUUGAACCAGAAUGUCAAUAACUCUCAGACCUUGGAGCAGCAAGGGAGCCAUGUGGUCACCCUGCAACUGAGCGUAGAUGGAAUGCACUGUAAGUCUUGUGUCCGGAAUAUUGAAGAAAAUAUCAGCAAACUCCCAGGGGUUCAAAAUAUUCAGGUGUCCUUGGAGAACAGAACUGCCCAAGUACAGUACCAUCCUUCUUAUGUUUCCCCGGCGGCCCUGCAGAAGGCGAUUGAGGCUCUUCCACCAGGGAACUUUAAAGUUUCUCUUCCUGAUGGAGCAGAAGGAAGUGGGACAGAUAACAGGUCUUCUACACAUCACUCCCCUGUCCCUGCUCAGAGAACCCAGGUGCAGGAUGCGUGCUGUACCGUGGUGCUUGUUAUUGCUGGCAUGACCUGUGCAUCCUGUGUCCAGUCCAUCGAAGGCCUGAUCUCCCAAAGGGAAGGUGUGCAGCAAAUAUCAGUCUCUCUAGCUGAUGGGACUGGAACGAUUCUCUAUGAUCCCUCUGUAAUUAACCCAGAAGAGCUCCGAGCUGCUGUAGCAGAAAUGGGAUUUGAGGUUUCCAUUGCUUCCGCAGACGAUCCUGGCAACCAUGUUGGAGAGCACAGUGUGGCGAAUUCCACAGCACAAACUACAACUGGCAUGCCUGUUUCUGUACAGGUAGUGGCUCGCCAUGGUGGGGGCCCCCCUAAAAUCCACAGCUCUGGCCUCUCAGCAAAGUCUCCACAAGCCUCCACAACAGUGACACCAAAGAAGUGCUUUUUACAGAUCACAGGCAUGACCUGUGCAUCCUGUGUGUCUAACAUAGAGAGAAACCUGCAGAAAAAAGCCGGUAUUCUCUCUGUACUGGUUGCCUUGAUGGCUGGAAAGGCAGAAGUUAAGUACAAUCCAGAAGUCAUCCAGCCACUUGAGAUAGCUCAGCUCAUCCAGGACUUGGGCUUUGGGGCAGCAGUGAUGGAAGACUACACGGGCUCCGAUGGCGACAUUGAGCUGAUCAUCACUGGGAUGACCUGCGCUUCCUGUGUUCACAACAUAGAGUCCAAACUCAUGAGGACGAAUGGCAUCACCCAUGCCUCUGUGGCCCUAGCAACCAGCAAAGCCCAUGUGAAGUUUGACCCAGAAAUUAUCGGUCCAAGGGAUAUUGUCAGAAUUAUUGAGGAAAUCGGCUUUCAUGCUUCCAUGGCCCAGAGAAACCCCAGUGCUCAUCACUUGGACCACAAGAUGGAAAUAAAGCAGUGGAAGAAAUCUUUCCUGUGCAGCCUGGUGUUUGGCAUCCCUGUUAUGGGUUUAAUGAUCUAUAUGUUAAUACCCAGCAAUGAACCCCAUGAGUCUAUGGCCCUGGACCACAACAUCAUUCCAGGAUUGUCGAUUCUAAAUCUCGUCUUCUUUAUCUUGUGUACCUUUGUCCAGUUCCUCGGUGGGUGGUACUUCUACGUUCAGGCCUACAAAUCUCUGAGACACAGAGCUGCCAACAUGGAUGUGCUCAUCGUGCUGGCCACCAGCAUUGCCUAUGCCUACUCUCUGGUCAUCUUGGUGGUGGCCAUUGUGGAGAAGGCUGAGAGGAGCCCCGUGACAUUCUUUGACACUCCCCCUAUGCUCUUUGUGUUCAUUGCCCUGGGGCGGUGGCUGGAACACGUGGCAAAGAGCAAAACCUCAGAAGCCCUUGCCAAACUCAUGUCUCUCCAAGCCACAGAAGCCACCGUGGUGACCCUUGGCGAGGACAACUCAAUCAUCAGAGAGGAGCAAGUGCCCAUGGAGCUGGUGCAGCGGGGUGAUGUCAUCAAGGUUGUUCCAGGGGGAAAGUUCCCAGUGGAUGGGAAAGUCCUAGAAGGCAAUACCAUGGCCGACGAGUCCCUCAUCACAGGAGAAGCCAUGCCAGUCACUAAGAAACCUGGAAGCACAGUGAUUGCUGGGUCUAUAAACGCACAUGGCUCUGUGCUCGUUAAAGCUACCCAUGUGGGCAAUGACACCACUUUGGCUCAGAUUGUGAAAUUGGUGGAAGAGGCUCAGAUGUCAAAGGCACCCAUUCAGCAACUGGCUGACCAAUUUAGUGGAUAUUUUGUCCCAUUUAUCAUCAUCAUUUCAACUUUGACGUUGGUGGUGUGGAUUAUAAUCGGUUUUAUCGAUUUUGGUGUUGUUCAGAAGUACUUUCCUAUUCCCAAUAAACAUAUUGCCCAGGCAGAGGUAAUCAUCCGGUUUGCAUUCCAGACGUCCAUCACAGUGCUGUGCAUUGCCUGCCCCUGCUCCCUGGGCUUGGCCACACCCACGGCAGUCAUGGUGGGCACCGGCGUGGCUGCCCGGAACGGCAUCCUCAUCAAGGGGGGCAAGCCUCUGGAGAUGGCCCACAAGAUAAAGACUGUGAUGUUUGACAAAACUGGCACCAUUACCCACGGGGUCCCCAAAGUCAUGCGGGUCCUCUUGCUCGUGGAUGUGGCCACGCUGCCCCUCAGGAAAGUUCUUGCUGUGGUGGGGACUGCGGAGGCCAGCAGUGAGCACCCCUUGGGUGUGGCUGUCACCAAAUACUGUAAAGAGGAACUUGGAACUGAGGCCUUGGGAUACUGCAUGGACUUCCAGGCCGUGCCAGGCUGUGGAAUUGGCUGUAAAGUCAGCAGCGUGGAAGGCAUCCUGGCCCACAGCGAGCACCUGAGCGAACGGGCCACUCACCUGAAUGGGGUUGGCAGUGUCCCCAUGGAAAUAGACAUCACUCCCCAGACUUUCUCUGUGCUGAUUGGAAACCGAGAAUGGAUGAGGCGCAACGGCUUAGCCAUUUCCAGCGAGGUCAGCGACGCUAUGACAGACCACGAGAUGAAGGGCCACACGGCCAUCUUGGUGGCUAUUGACGGGGUGCUCUGUGGAAUGAUCGCCAUUGCAGACGCCGUCAAGCAGGAGGCCGCCCUGGCUGUGCACACGCUGAAGAGCAUGGGCGUGGACGUGGCGCUGAUCACGGGGGACAACCGCAAGACAGCCAGAGCCAUCGCCACCCAGGUUGGCAUCAACAAAGUCUUUGCAGAGGUGCUGCCUUCUCACAAGGUGGCCAAGGUCCAGGAGCUCCAGAAGGAAGGGAAGAAAGUCGCCAUGGUGGGAGACGGCAUUAAUGACUCCCCAGCCUUGGCACAGGCCGAUGUCGGCAUCGCCAUCGGGACAGGCACAGAUGUCGCCAUUGAGGCGGCUGACGUUGUUCUCAUCAGAAAUGACUUGCUCGAUGUAGUCGCUGCCAUUCAUCUCUCCAAGAGGACUGUCUGGAGGAUACGGCUCAACCUGGUGCUGGCGUUGAUCUAUAACCUGGUUGGCAUUCCCAUCGCAGCAGGUGUCUUCAUGCCCUUUGGCAUCGUGCUGCAGCCGUGGAUGGGCUCGGCAGCCAUGGCAGCCUCCUCUGUGUCUGUAGUUCUCUCGUCGCUGCAGCUCAAGUGCUAUAAGAAGCCUGACCUGGAGAGGUACGAGGCCCAGGCUCAGGGCCGCAUGAAGCCCCUCACUGCAUCCCAAGUCAGCGUGCACAUUGGCAUGGAUGACCGGCGCCGGGACUCCCCCAGGGCCACGCCCUGGGACCAGGUCAGCUACAUCAGCCAGGUGUCUCUGUCCUCCCUGAAGUCUGACAAGCUGUCUCGGCACAGCACCUCAGCUGAUGACAGUGGGGACAAGUGGUCUCUGCUCCUGAAUGACAGGGACGAGGAGCAGUUCAUCUGAAAGCUCCAGGCUGGUGCAGACCCCAUGGUCCAUCUCCUAGCUGAUCAGCAGCUCUAGCCCCAGGUGCAGCAUCGCAGCCACUUCCACGCCCUGGACAUUCAGAUCAUUCCUCCCUGCAGCAGAUGGCAUUGUCCAGAUGUGGCUCCUGGGCAGAAACACCCUGCCUGGAUCCCACAGCUCAGGGUGAAGCCUUAUCCAGGCUAUUGGUGUGGGCUUCUAGAAUAGGGUGGACAGCCACCCCUCUUACAGACCUCGGCUUUAUUUAGUAUCUGGGAUGACUGUCUGUGAAAUGAAGAAAAUCUUACCAGGACCAAAAACUUAGCUGAGCCUUUCCAUAGAACUCAUGAAAAACCUCGGUGUUGUCCUCUUUUUUACAAUGCCUGCGAGCAUCAUCUCUCUAAGAUCACAGUUUACCUCAAGUGCAUUCUUUAGUUUCUGCUGGUACAGCCUCUUCUUUUUCUUUCCUUGACACUGGGGGUGGCACCCUCGUCUUUCAGGGCAGGACUGGCAUCCUCCUGGUCCCUGCUGCUGCUCUCAGGCGCUUCUCAAGUGCAUGUGCCCAUGUGCGCUGCCGCCUGAGUCUGCUCACUCACAUGCCCAGCCAGAGAGCUUGCCAGUUCGUUCUUGCUUACGAGCCACUUCUCUGUGGAGUCUUGACCAUUGUUGCCCAGAUGGAGUGAGGGUCUCAGAGCCUGAGACUUGAGAAGUCCAGCUUCCUGUGGGGUCCAGGCGCUUGGGCCCAGAAAGACUUGUGGUGCUUGAAGACCUGUUGGGGGAGACUCGUGCAGGCAGGAACCUACCUCAUGGCUCCUGGAGCUUCAGUUACAUGUCUGCUGUGUGACUGUUACUUCAUGGUGAAAAAUGUAGAAUUCAUGGUGGUUUGUGCAACUCUGAGGAAACAAAGAUUCCCAAACUAGAGGGCAUCACAGCUCUUCUCCAUGAGCUUCUACUGCAUGCUGAGUUGGUGGUGCUUUAGGAAAGGGGUGGCCACAACUUCCCAAAGGAAAAGUCCUUUGUAACUUUUGGUAGCUCUUUGUGAUUGCAUGACCCUGGAGGGGCAGGACUGCGGCUAGUUUUCGACUUUGGAGUUACUGUUGACUGACAGAUCACAUGGGAAUAGACUAGUAGAAUCAUAAUCUUAGAAUAGGCAGAGCAAAGCCCAUUCUAAAUUCUAAAGUGAAUCCCUUGUCACACACACAAAAUAAUUUUAUUUAUUGAGGGUCAGUUAUUUUCCAAGGCAGUGUAAGCACUUUUUAUAAGUUAAUCUCUAAUCCUCCCAACAAACCACCAAAGUAGGUAUUAUUGUCCACCUUUCACAGGCAGGGGAAUAGGCUCAGAGAGGUUAAGUACCUGCUCAGGGUCACACAGCCAGUACACUUGCUGGAACAGGGGUCUGAAUGCAUGUCUGCUGGCUCUGAAAUCUUUUCUUUCUGCUUCACCUUGAAUAUUUUGCUUGAUAAGAAUAAACAAGAAAAGGUCCUUGUUCCUGGAAGAACAAAUUUGCCAGAUGAUGUAUUGAUUGUAUCGUCUUGUAAUGAAAUUUGAUCAUAAGAUCAUCUCACCCUCCCAUGGAUGGUUCAUUUUUAUUUUUACAUAUAAUUUAGCUUUUGCUGGGUUUUAUCCUCUGAAAUCCAAGUGCAGGGUUUUGUGGUGUUUUUAUUAUUUUCAAUCUUCCUUUUCUUCUUAGCCCCUUCCUGCCAUGUGUCCCCAAUUAUCUGUGUUUGGAGGGUGUUUCUUAUUUCCUAAUUAGGCUAAUCAUUUUCUAAAAACUCUAAUUGUAUUGAUUCCCCAAAAAGCUUUUAGGAUCAUAAACAUCAUGUUUAUAUAGACACAAAAAUCUAUAAUAAUAAGAGGGUAAUAUGCUAAUUAGACUGGGUGUCUUCUGGACAUCCUUCCUGACGAAGACAGGGCCAAAGGGAAGCAAGCCCGAGCCCCAGGUGCCUGCUGGCAGCCGGAGGAGGAAAGCCCAGGUCCUGGGUGCCAGAGGGAAGCCAGUGGAGGGAAGCCAGUGCUGGCAACUGGGGGAAGGAAGGCCUACUCUUGCAUGAAUUUUCAUGCAUCGGGCCUCUAGUAUUUAUAUAAUUGUACAGAAAUAACCUUUUAGAUGUUCAAAGUGUCAGAAUAUUUUUGUCAGAUAAGAACAAUUUCUACUUAAAAACUUUCCAUGCUAUAUUAGAAUAAAGUUUCUCUUUGUUCAUAAAAACAUCUGCUUUUUGCUGGCCCUGUCUGAGUGAGGAGCAUGGUGGGGCCAGUGCAGCCCUGUAUUCAGUGAGAACUUUGAGGGGCUGGCUCUGCUGUGGGUUCCUUUUCAGGGGGUGGGGUUUUAACUGGAGGCCUCCAGGGUGGCCCGCAAUGUGUGAGCCCCUCCUGUUGCCUGCCUCAGUGGUGCGUGGAGAGAACUCUGAAGGGUGACCCAUGUCAGGGUGUCUGUCACACUGGCCGACAGCCCAGACUACCCUUUAGAUGCACUUUUCUCGUUGAGGGUCAUUGUCUACAAAAGACUGUGGGAUUGAUCCCACCUUAGGCAGAAAUUAGAUUUCCUUAGAAAAUAGAUUCUUUCUAAAACUUGAGCAGAUUUCCUUGACAGGAUUACACGUGUAGCAGAAUAAAUCAUAGCAUCUGUCAAUUCCUAAUAUGUUUUUGGUCUUUAAGACCUUAGUGAGGAAUUAUGCUGAGAUCACCUUUUAAAUAAGUGGGUGUAAUAAUUCUAGUAUUUUUUCAAAUGACAACUGGAAAUUGACAUGUCAAAAAAAAAUAGAUCCCCCAAUUUUUCUGCUAGUUUACUAAGGACUAAUAAAUAAAUAAAUAAAUGACCUUUAUUUUAAGAAAAUCCAGCAUAGCAAAAUCAGCCAAUCAUAGAGGUUAAUUAGAAAAAGGUUAUUUGAAUUACAGAAGGACUUUUUUUUUGCUUUAAAAAAUUCAUGCCAAUAUUUCAGUAAAUUCCAUAAUGCAUAUAAAAUUCUCCUUGAGGUAUUUUUUGUGUACAACCUUUCUUAACUGCAUCAAUUGUUUAAAAAAAGAGCUAAGGAAUGCAUAUACAAAAGAAAUGCUUUCAGCAAACAUUAGUGUCGACUUUGUUUCCCUUCCUGAUUACCUUGGCUGGUGGGAAAGCUGAUUGCGUAUUGGAAGGUAUUGUGGAAUUGGUAGAAAUGAAAUCACUACUUUCCUCAACUUUCAGACUCAACUUGGGCAGGGAGAUAAACGCCAUUGUUUGGGUUCAUUCUGAAGGGAGAUUGAUGUCUACUUGUCUGCUGCUUACCUUCGUGUGAAGACAGUGACAACAGUUGAAACUAAGGAAUAUGAGAAUGUUAAUAUUGCUACAAAAUCCCAGAGUCUCCUUCAUUCUGUUAAAAAAGAUGGAUAUAGAUUUAAAAGCAUCCAGGGGCUAAGAUGAAAAUGAGAAUAGAUGGAAGUUGAACAUUUUUUCCUCUGAAAAGGAAAUAGUUAUUAUUUUUUCUUAAUAUAAAAAUAACUGCUUAUAGCAAAAAUAUAUAAGAAAUAUAUAAAGGGGAGAAAGGCUGUUAUAAUAUCCCCACACCCUGCCCCCACAAGAAAACCCAUGAAGAUGAUUUCGUGGAGGGAUACCCUUUGAGGGUGGAUUGCAUUGGGACACUGGGAGCAAAGCCUACCUGCCCACAGGGGACCAAGCUCCCUGACCUAUUUGAGAGGUGCUGUAGUGGGUUCCACACUUGCUGAGCUGGUCCCCACAAUGGCAUGAAGAGCUGUGUGCCUCACUGUCCUAUUUCCACAGCUGGGAGAACCAAGCCGAGGGUUGUGGUGAGGAUACAAGGAGGCCAUGGGGGGAGGGGCCGGAAGCACAUCCUGCUGCUGCUGGUAUUGGGAGUGAUGGUGGUUGUAUUCCAGGUCGGGGGUGAGGGGCGUGGGGGAGGUGGAAACAGUCUUUGUGGUCUUUGCGCAUUCCUUGGCUGGGCCGGAGGAAGUGCCUGCUUAUGGGUCAGCUUCUAAGACUUCACAGACUGUGCAGGUGGCUUUGAAAGGAGCAGCCUUUGCCCACUUGCUAUGCACCAGGCUGGACUCCAGUUCUCUUGUUUCCUGGGCAGGGAUCCCAGAGCUCCACUACAGCCUGCCCUGGGUUCCCCAAAGGACGCCCAGCCAGGGCCGUGCAGUGUGGAGAGGUUAAAAAUUCCCAGCCUUAGAGAUGGGCAGACUUGGCUGUACCCCCUGAGGAGUGUCACUGCCUUUCUGAGCUUCUGAAUCUGGGCUGGAGCGAGCUCCCCCUUCACUGGUUUGUGAAGGCCAAAUGGAAUUAGGGGCAUGAAUGCCUAGCCUAGUGCCCGUGCACUGGCGUCUCCGCCCUAGCUGGUUUGGCUCAGUGACUAGAGCAUCGGCCUGCAGACCAAAGGGUCCUGGGUUUGAUUUUGGUCAAGGGCACGUACCUCAUUUUCAGGCUCCUCGGCAGCCCCGUCCCUGGUCGGGGUGUAUGCAGGAGGCAACCAAUUGAUGUGUUUCUCUCACAUCAAUGUUCCUUUCUGUCUUUCCCUCUCUCUUCACUCUCUCUAAGUGAUAAAUGGAAAAAUAAUCCUCAGAUGAGGAUAAUAAAUAAAUAAAUGAAUGGGAGUAUCAUUAGAAUGACACUGGUGUGACGUUCCUCCCGUGAGGUGAAUCCGGGCAGUUCCGGGAUUGUUGCAAUGGGAUGCUUUCUCCUAGGAAAUAAGGACUGUUUGAAUGAUGCUGGUGCAGAGUGGGAGUUAGGAAAAUGAGUGUAAAGGGUGCUAGUGAACAAGAGCUGUGAAUAAAGCAAUUUCUUUUUAAUGUGUCACUUCAGUCUGGUUUAGAAGGUGGGCUCUUGUGUCAUUCAUCCUAUCUGCGUUAUAUUUAGGCAUCUGAUUAUUUUCACCAAUCAUAUUUGAAGUCUUUCCCUUCUCUUCAGGGUAGAAGUAUAUCAUCUCAGAUAUGGUUUCCUAAAGAAUGUAGUUACGCCCUGGCUGGUUUGGCUCAGUGGAUAGAGCAUCAGCCUGCAGACUAAGGAGUCCUGGGCUUGAUUCCGGUCAGAGGCACAUGCCUGGGCUGCGGGCUCGAUCCCCAGUGGA